UAGAAACUUCAGAAGACCAACUAUCCACUAUGAACUCCAAGCUGACCAGACACCAGCAGAGAACAAUCUGCUCACAGCUGGGACAUGUGAAGCUAAAGCUGCUGUACAAGGCCAGCAUCCAUGGUUUCACCGGGGCAGCCUUCCACCAACAAUGUGACACCCGCUGUCCCACAGUGUCCGUGGGCUAUAAUGCCUCUGGUUAUGUGUUUGGAGGCUACACCAAACAACCUUUCUGUCAGUCUGACCAGUACGUGCAUGAUGACCAGGCCUUCCUCUUCACAUUCAGUGGAGAAAAGCUCAACAAAUAUCCAGUCACCGGUCCCGGAAAUGCAGUGAAAAUGAUUGCUAACUCUGGUCCAUAUUUUGGAGAAGCACUGGCUCUUGUCCAUAGAAGUCAAGCUGUAGUUCAUAGCAAUCCCGGAGAUUAUUACACCUUUAAUGCUGCAGACAUGCAUGGCAACGACCUCAAUCUGACUGAGUGUGAAGUCUAUGAAGUCGAAGAAAGCACCGAAUUUGAGAAGCCAUGGAGGACUAUAGUCUGGGAAUCUGUGAAGAGGAAGGAGCUGAUGGAAAGUAUUUGGCUCUACAAACCCAUGGUCAGCUCUGUGUCCCAGAUUCGGGUCUUGCUCAUAGGAGCAGUUGGAGCUGGAAAGUCCAGUUUCUUCAAUUCUAUCAACUCUGUAUUCAGAGGCCACGUCACCAGCCAGGCCAUCGCUGGCUCCUCUAGCACCAGCCUCACCACACAGUUUCGUACCUACUCUUUGAAAGCGGGACGGGAAGGAAAACCUCUGCCAGUCAUCUUGUGUGACACCAUGGGAUUGGAGGAAAGCACAGGGGCAGGACUUGAUAUUGAUGAUAUCAGCAGCAUCCUCAAAGGUCAUCUGUCUGACCGUUAUCAGUUCAACCCCUCUGCUCCUCUGCAAUCAGAGGCCAGCAGCUUUCGAAAGUCUCCAGUGCUCAAGGACAAGAUCCACUGUGUGGCCUAUGUCAUGGAUGCCUGCAAGAUUUCCAUCAUGCCCACAAAGCUGCAGGAAAAGCUGGACGCUAUCCGCAGAAAGAUCAACUUAUUGGGGAUUCCUCAGCUGGUCGUGCUCACCAAAGUGGAUGAAGCGUGCCCUUUGGUGAUGGAGGAUGUGAGAAACGUUUAUAAGAGUGGCUACAUCAAGGAAAUGAUGCAGGAAGUGAGUGCUCGGCUUGGUGUGCCUUUGUCCUGUAUUGUUCCAGUGAAAAACUACAGUGAAGAGCUGGAGUUGGACCCAAACACUGACAUCCUGCUGCUCAGUGCCAUCAUCCAGAUGCUUCGCUUCGCUGAUAAUUACUUUGAUGACAUCAGUGACAAAUUCAGCGACAUUGAAGUCAAAGUAUAAAUAUGUGUGCAGCAGACACAAUAACCUGAGCAACUGUAAUGAAAUGUCCCUCAAAAU